UAGUUUUAUUUUGUUUUAAGAUUAAAUGAGUUAGGUGUGGCAUUCAGGAAGCAGAGUCUGUGAUCUCAAGAAAAAGUUCCCAGAUCUGACGUCCAAACACAGCCACCCUGUGUAGGUGGUAGCUCUGUCCGUGUUCUCCAGUCCUGAUGGCCCACCCUCAAUCAUUCCUGGACCUGUGAUUCUCUGUCAAUCUAGUUUCAGGCCAAAAUUAUUGCUUUGUUUAGUACUUAGUUUCCCUUUGUCCUGCCAUAGCUGAGUGGGUAGGGAUCUCUGUGCGUCACAGUGGCCUAGAAUCGUUUCAGGCUACAGUAACCCAUCAGAUGGAUGUGCCAUGUUGCCUAGUACGGCUUCCAAAAAAUGAACGGAAUGCCUAAUCUAGGUGUAAGAUUGUUGUAUGCUGUCCUGGCGUCAGGAAUCUGUGCAGGACCAUCACUGUGUUCCUCCUGGGGAAGCCUAGUGAAGCCCUUUUUUCCGGGUACUAAGGCAUAAAAGCAGGAACAUGCCUCAUGCAAAACCUUAGCGAUAACAAGGGCCACAUUGCCCCAAAAAUGGAUGUGUUGGUUGUGGGCAGUAGACUGUUAGUAUACUCAGUGAGAUCUUAGGGGAUUAGCUUGAGGUGAGAGCCAAGGGUGUCUGCACAGACCUUCCUAUGAGAACAGGGUUGUUACUGGAGCCUCUGGUAACUUGACCCUCCUGGGUAUGCAGGGAACUCUGUUUCUCCUUCCUCUGUCUCUGGAUCUCUCAUCCAGGUUGAUGUCUUUAGCAUAGAAAUGUAACCCAUGAGGAAGCCGUUCCCUCAUUUACCUAAAGUCAUGCACUGAAUCUGUGAUAAUCUCAAGGCCAGCAGGAUGGCCCCUUAUGCCGUGCCACCAUCCACUAUCCCUACCCUCAUCCCUAGGUGACAGGCUACACAGUUGGGCCUUGCCCUUGUAAGGGAAGACUGGAGGACAAGGGCUUUGGCACAGGGGUCAAAGCUGUCUGUUGAGGCUUCAAAAACAGGCUGGUGGAUGUUCCUUACCUGGCUCAGACCUCUGUGGGCCACACUCCUCAGAUGUUCUGAGACGUUGGCAUUUUGGUAUCAAUUCCCAGAAGUCCCCCAACCCUCAAGCCCUGGUUCAAAAGAAACUGUUCCCUGUGAGCAUGGUGUCUUAUGCCUGCAAUCCCAGCCCUGAGGAGACUGAAAACUUGCUUGGAUUAUAGAAAGGAAGACCCUGUCUCAGGAAAAAAAAAAAAAAGAUACUGUGUUGUCUUCUCCACUCAGCUUGGCCUCAUGCCCCUGCCCUGUUCUAAGGUCCCACUGAUCCCCCACCUUAAUACCAAGGCAUGAGGCACCCCACCGUGUUCUCCUCAGAUAAGGAACUAGAGCCCUUCCUAGGCUGAGAGUCCAAGAUGAACACUCAUCCUUCCCAGGUACCUCUGAGUCGUGAGGUGGCAUUAAUCUUACUGGGGUCUGGUCAUCCCACCUGGCCAUGACUAAGGCACCCUGGGGCUCGCUCCUUGAUGAUAUGGACUUGGUGGGUUUUCAGUGUGAAGCCAUCAAGUUAAGCGAAGGAGAAACCAAGCAAGGACCCAAAGUGACCUGCCUACAGUGAUUUUGUCAUUGUCCUUAGAUAACAGGCCUAAUAAUGUUUCGAUGGCCCUAUGAGUCACUUUCGACUGACUUUGAAGUUUUGGUUUGGUUUUUUUCCAUCAGGACUGGUUCUCUGUGUGUCUGGUAUUCAGGAGGAGGGAUUAAAAAACAAAAACAGAUAUAAAUAUACCAGGCAAGGUCUACUUAGUUUAGACUAAUCUCUAACUUCCCAUACAGCCAAGGAUGACCUUGAACUCCAUACUCUCCUGAGUGAUUACAGGGACAGGGCUGUGCCACCAGGUACAGUUUAUAGAGCGGUGGGAACUGAACCCGGGGCUUCAAACAUACUAGGUAAGCUCUCUACCAGCUGAGCUGCAUCUCCUAGGCCUGUCUGGUAAUUUUUGAUUAGAUGUCACUUGUGGUUUUGACUUUGCCAGGUCCCAGAUACUUUAGAGUUUUCUUCAAGGAGGAAAUUAAAUUGUAAAUAGUUUGGCCUUCCUGUUAGGACUUGUUCCGUGGGAUGGUAGAGGCCAUUGGAAGGUUAGUGAUCGCCCACCAUUGAGAUAAGGCCCUCCUGAGUACUGGACCUGACUGACACCUUGUAGAUCUGCGGGUUUUCAGGAUAGACAUCGGUCACAGGCAACCUUGCCCUGUGUGGUGUUGCAAAUGCUCCUUCCGGUCCCCUGAAGGAAGUGACCUUUGUCCAGGAUCAUAAUGUACCCUCUCAUGUGAACCCAACAUAGGAGCAUCUCUGAGGAUCUCUGGGUAAUUUUCUGUAAAGCUUUCUUCUUUGUGGAGCUCAUUCCUGUCAAUGCCAGUCAGGCUUUAUGGUCAGUCAACUGGGCUUCUUCCCACCUCUUAGAGCCCCCUUCCUGCUCCCUGGCUCACAAAUAGUCCCUAGGCAGUAAUCUGAGAUGAGAGGUCUCUUCCCAUGGUUCCCAUCUCUGGAGGCUUGUGAGGCUCUGGUGUAUGGCGUCUCGUCAGCUUUCCUUUAUGCGGUAUAUAUUGAGGCCUGUGGCAAACCAUUUCUUUUGUUUGGUUUUUUUCAAAACAGGGUUUCUCUGUGUAGCCUUGGCUGUCCUGGAACUCAGUCUGUAGACCAGGCUGGCCUUGAACUCAUGGAGAUCUGCCUGCCUCUGCCUCCUGAGUGCUGGGAUUAAAGGUGUGCGCCACCACUAGGCUUGUAGCAAACCGCUUGCAAUGGGCACGUUCUUCUUCACUUCUGGUUGGUCCGGCUAAAAAUAAUCCUUGUUUCUGAGCUGAGCAGGAUAGUACACCCUCAGAAUCCCGGCACUUGGGAGGAGGUAGAGGCAGGAAGGGUCAGGAGUUAAAGGCCAGUUGUGGCUACUUGGCAGGUUUGGCACCAACCUGAAGUGCAUGAGACUUUUGUCUCGAAAACAAAGAUGAGGUGGAAAGAUGGCUUACUUGGUAAGGUUCUUGAAUCUGAGUUUGGAUCCACAGGACCCACAUAUAAAGCCGGGUGUGGCGGGAGACAAGCUCCCAGUGCUGGGCUGAUGGAACAAGACGGUGUCUGGGGCUUGCUGGCUAGCCAGUCUAACUGAACUGAGCUCCAGGUUUAGCCAUGCAUAGCAACAAGAUGGCGAGUGCCUAAGGAGGCACCCAGUGUUGACUAUGGCACACACCCCCCACCACAAAAGCGUAACUCCCCUGUCCUAGAGAUGGGCGAGCCUCUACUCUGCCGGAUCGCAUGUAGCCUCUGACUACGCCAGAGCCUUUUACUGCUGUGUCAUGUCGACUUCUGGAAACAUUCCGUUUAUCUCCCAUGCUAUGAGAAGAAUGUAGAAAAACAUGUAUUUUCUGUUUGGAAGUCCGAUAUUUCUGUCCAGCAGGCCUGCUAAGAAUGUAACACCCAGUCUAGUUACUGUUUAGCUUGCUACCGUCUUGGAGCAUGCUCAACACACUUUCUAUUUGAAUUUAACAGGCAAAUGCACUUACUGUCCAGACACUACAGAUGUUUCGACACAUAAGACUCAUUGGCCUCGAGGCACAGUUAUAUAGUAACCUGAAUAAUAAAGCUAUUUCCUUAAAAAAAAAAAAAAGUGAUGCCAGCCAAUGAAAAAUGUCUUCCUGUAGUGACUUUGGAGUCACUAACAGAAAAACCCAUCCCAAGGUAGUUUAGCCACGAGAAGGUUAGCUCACUCAGGAGUCUAGGUGGGUGGGAGGAGUUCUGCUCCUGUGGCCUAUUGGCUCCCAGAGCUCGGGGGACUCCACUGGCUGCGCGUGGCUGGAGGCAAGGCAGUCAGAUGUAGCUGGAGGCUAAGAGUCUACACCCAUGGUUCUAACCUUGCUCUCCGGAGAAGGAGGAAGUGAGGAAAGAAACUGCGGGCCCCGGGAGUGUCAGAGACAGAGACACCUUCUAAACAACUCCACUUCCAGUGAUCUGGACAAGACAUUUUAACAGACUGUUUUAGCCUCUGUUGGGCAACUCCCAACCAAAGCCCCAGAGGAAGCCGGUGCCUGUUCAUUAAUCCCUGACAGCCUCAUUGGGCAACAGCGUUGGGCAACAGGAAGCCCUUGGCCAGCCUCCUAGCAGAGCCCAGGGGGUUUGACUGUGAAGAUGGAAUUGGGUAGGAGCUCCCCAACACCCCAAGAAGAAGCCAUUUCCCCUCUUGGGGUACCUGAUGCUGGACUCAGAAGCUCCCCACUAGGGAAGCUUCAAGCACUUCCCUUCGGGUCAGGAGCUCCCCAAGGGGCUCAGGGCAGCUCAGCCUCAGCAGGGGACAGCUCCUUGGGGGAGCCAAGUGGAGCCAUGAAGAUCCCCAACAGAGACAGUGGAAUUGAAAGCCCAUCCUCCAGUGUGGCCAGUGAGAACUUCCCCUGUGAAGAGGGCAGUGAGGGGUCUCCAAGCCCUGCCAUCCUAGGGCUACACCCUGAGGUAGCUGUGGACAGCCGGGCCCCGCAGGACAACCCCCAGGAGGGAGAAGACAGUGGUGUGGGCGAGGACCCUGACCCCAAGAUCACCCCGUGUAGGCCUGAGGAGGAUGUCGGCUCGACUCAGUGCUCUGACCCACAGAAGCUGCUUCACAUUGCCCAGGAGCUCCUGCACACGGAGGAAGCCUACGUGAAGCGGCUGCACCUGCUGGACCAGGUUUUCUGUGCCAAGCUGACAGAAGCAGGGAUCCCUCCGGAAGUCACCACGGGCAUCUUCUCUAACAUCUCUUCUAUCUACCGCUUCCACGGGCAGUUCCUCCUGCCUGGACUGAAGAAGAGGAUCACAGAGGAGUGGGAUACAAAGCCUCGUCUCGGAGACAUCCUGCAGAAACUGGCUCCGUUCCUGAAGAUGUAUGGCGAGUACGUCAAGAACUUUGACAGAGCAAUGGGGCUAGUGAGCACGUGGACCCAGCGUUCUCCGCAGUUUAAGGACGUCAUCCACACCAUCCAGAAGCAGGAGGUGUGCGGGAACUUGACCCUGCAGCAUCACAUGCUGGAGCCUGUGCAGAGGGUCCCCCGCUAUGAGCUGCUGCUCAAGGACUACUUAAAGCGGCUCCCCAGGGAUGCCCCGGACCGGAAGGAUGCUGAGAGGUCUUUGGAACUCAUCUCUAUAGCUGCUGACCACUCCAAUGCUGCCAUUAGGAAGAUGGAGAAAAUGCACAAGCUCUUAGAGGUGUAUGAGCAGCUGGGUGGGGAGGAGGACAUCGUUAACCCAGCCAAUGAGCUGAUCAAGGAGGGCAACAUCCAGAAGUUAUCAGCCAAGAAUGGCACCACUCAGGACCGACACCUCUUCUUGUUCAACAAUGUGAUGCUCUACUGCGUACCCAAACUAAGGCUCAUGGGCCAGAAGUUCAGUGUACGGGAGAAAAUGGACAUCUCUGAUCUCCAGGUGCAAGAUGUCGUGAAACCAAAUGCUGCCCGCACAUUCAUCAUAACAGGACGAAAAAGGUCCCUGGAGCUUCAGACUCGGACCGAAGAAGAGAAGAAAGAAUGGAUUCAGGUCAUUCAGGCCACCGUGGAGAAGCACAAACAGAAGAGUGAGACCUUCAGGGCCUUCAGCGGUGCCUGUACCCAGGAAGAGGAACCCAGCCUGUCUCCAGACCAGCCUGUCCUGAGUGCGGGCCCUGUGGAACCUGCAGGGGUAGCCGACAGCAGUGGGGGUACUCCCGGGAUCGAGUCCAGAAAGCUGUCCUCUAAAACAAGACGCGACAAAGAGAAGCCGGGAUGUAAAAGCUGUGGUGAGACCUUCAACUCCAUCACCAAGAGAAGGUAUCGCUGCAAGCUGUGUGGAGAGGUCAUCUGUAGGAAGUGCUCUGAGUUCAAGGCGGAGAACAGUAAGCAGAGCCGUGUCUGCAGAGAGUGUUUCCUGGAGGAGCCCCUGCUCCCUACAAGUCCUAGCUCUGAGACUCCCACCGAGCUCAAACAGAAUGCAGAGAAGCCUCCCUCUGUGGAUCCUCGGCCCAGCCUGCUCUGCGGUACCCUGAAUCUGUCAGACAAUGGUACGGCCUGGAGUGAGGUGUGGGCAGCCAUCCCUGAGUCAGAUCCCCAGGUGCUAGACCUGCUGGCAGGCAGCCAGGCUGGCAAACUGCUGUAUAGCAUCCCACUCUCUGGCUGUAAUAUAACAGUGCCUGACCCCGAGGAGGGGCUGGAGGCUGGGUAUGUGUGGAAGCUGCAUCAGGGCUCACAGACCUGGUGGCUGAGUGCCCCCUCCACAAAGCUUCAGCAGCGCUGGCUGGAAGCUCUGAGCACUGCCUCACGCGGGGACACAGCCGGGGACACCCCAGGGGCCUCACAGCCCCAGACCCCAGCAAGCACGGACACCCCAUGAGCAGAGUCUCCUACUGUCCUUCCCACUACCGUAUUUGGCCUGUGUUCUUUUAUGGGUGACCUUAGACGUCCAGUGAAGGAGUGAAGAAGGACUCCUAUGACCACUGAGGAUGGACCAAGUGCCCAGAGAAGAGUAGCAAUGGGCCCAAGAUCACUCAACAAGUCUUAGACAAGAGUCGGGCUUCUGGCUCCAACGCCAGCACUGUGGUGAGAGCAUGGAGAGCUGCCACUACAAAGCCAAUGGCAUCCAAGCAGGCUGAGUGAUGACGCCAGCCCUCAAAGGCACAAGGAGGCCAGGUGGGCACUGUCCAGGGGUGAUCAUGUCCAUCCUGGUAUGACAUCACUCUGGGAAAGGUAGAGCUGUCUGUGGCCUGACCUGGUCUUUGUCUGUCUGUACACUGUGUGACCUGGACCAUGACUGCUCCUCUGGGCUCUACUUCUACCCUGCCCUCUCCGGAAGCAUUACUUGUCUGCUAUUCCUGCUGAGCCAUUAAAGGGCAAGGAACAAGGGCCUCCUUAUUCCACCAUUCCCAAACAGAGACACUCUGGGGAACCGGCCCUCACCCGUGUGACAGGUUUGUGAGGUUUCAGACUGGCCCCUCUCUAGGCAAGUGCCAUGCUCAUCAGCACAUAAAUGCUGGCUGUCUGCAAGUGAGUGCAUCCUUGGCACCCUCCACCCCAUUCUUUACAGGGCUCCCCUCAAGGCAGGUGGCUGGUAGAGGAAUGCUGACCAAGGUGGCAAAAUGUACAAGCCACACAGAGUAGUUCUGCAUCCCCGAUGCUGUAGGUAGUGGGUGAAUCACUAAGCAGUGUAGGGGUGCUAUGGGGGUGUCACAGAGGUCAUGGGGCUGUUUGCCUCUCAGGGAGUAGGAAUUGUAGAGACCAAGGAUGGAGCUCUGAUCCUUGAGGAUUCCAGCUCUCUAGCAUCAGCACAGCACUGUGUGGGGACAACUGGGCGGGCAUCAGGGGCCAUUACAUGGUGGGGCAAAGAGGUGUAGAGCCAGAAAUGGGUGCUAGUUAUAGGUGACAUUGGGACACACCGACGAGGUGGGGCCUCACGUGAAAUGGGGGCCUCAGUUUUGAGUCCUGGUAAGGUAGGAUGGGGUAGAAGUGAAGUGUUUUGGAGCAGAGGUGAGGUGGAUGGGGCAGGGGUGAGGUGGACAGGAUACAAGUAAGGUGAUGGGGUGCAGGUGAGGUGUCAGACGAGCAGAGCACAGCUGAGUCUAUGCUAGAGCCCCCUGGACUGGGCAUGGGCUGCCUCGGAAUGGCUUGCAAACACCUCUGCCUGGCACUCACCCUCUGAGCUGAAUGGUCCUUCUUCGCCUUAAGGAAACUGAGCAAAGCGAGCAGAGUGCCUCCACACCGGGAGAGACACGUAGGGCGCCUUCUAGCUCCUACUCUAGUGAAGACCUCACCCAGUUCCGAAGGGGACAGUGCUGAAGGUGGCCCAGGUAGAACAAGCAACAAAGGAGGGGCUUUCCUUGGCUGGGCGCACUUCAUGGCGGACACACUGGACGGGGCCACGCCUUCCGCCUUUUGCCGUCCUUUGCUUCCUCCUCCUGCUCAAAGCAGUUCUGGCCCCUGAAUUUCAAGGAUUCCAACUGCUCAUCUUCUGAAGAGUCAGCCUGAGGAGGAUGCUUAUGCGUAUCCUGCCCCCUGGGAGUGCCUCUGCCCUUCCUGCCUUAGGACAUGGACUGGUCAGUUUGUACCUUGGGGCCUCCUGAUGCUACCUGAGCAGAAAGGUGUAUAAGGUACUUUUCUUGUUGCUGUGAAAAAAAAAAUCUUAGACGAAAGCACCUUGCAGAAGAGUGUGUUUCUUUGGGUCACGGCUGGAGGGUGUGAUCGAUCAUGAUCAUACCAUGGUGAGGAAACCCUGGAUGCAGAGCUGUCUGUAUUCUGUCCACUGCCAGGAUGCAGGCGGGCUGGAUGCUGGCAUCCCACCCUCUCUCUCCCUUUUAUUCAUUCCAGGACCCUAAGCUGUGGGAUGUGGCUGUCCACAUUCAGGGUGGGUUUUCUCUUCUCAAUUAAACUUUCCCAGAAACACUCUAA